ACGACCGAAGGGUGAUCGACAAGCAGCAAAAACACAGGCUACCUCGAUCUCUAGCUAUAGCUACCAGUGUCUUCUUCAGUUCCUUGAGAGGAGGAGAGAACCCAAGAAUAUAAUGGAGGGGAAGAAGAGCAGCCUCGCCUGCUGCUGCCUGCUCAUGUUCCUGCUGCUGUCAGCGCAGCAGCAGCAGGUGGCGGGCCUGUCCAAGUUCUGCCGCUGCUACCGGAACUGCUACACCGACUGCAGGAAGUCCACGGGCCGCUACCCCUGCAACGCCAACUGCUUUCAGGACUGCAUCAACGGGAUGCUGCCGCCGGCUCCGGCGGAGGUCGUCGUCCCCGCCGACUGCCGCGACAUCUGCCUCAUGGGCUUCUGCGGCUCCAUGGAGAUCGCCGGUGACGCCGUGGCUGGGGAUGCCGAGGCGUGUGUGGCUGACUGCACCAAGAACCUCGGUGCCUUUGCACCAAGUGCAGCCAAGACGAUCAACUGAAGCAUGCAUUAGGGCCCGUUCGCUUGUACAGGAUUAAACCGGAAUUCGUUCCAGCUCAUCAAAAUCUAUAUAAAUUAAAGAAGUAAUCCGGUUAGGAAUUAAUUCGAAGCUCCAAUCCCUAAAAACCGAAUAGGGCCUUAUGCAUCUGAGAGAGUGGCUUGAGAUCGAGUUGAGAGCAACAGAUAGAGUUCCAUCAGUGUAAUGCAAUAAUUGGAUGUUUAAGCGAUCCUAUAUAUAAUGUACUCCCUCCGUUCCAAUUUAUAAUUAAUUUGCGCUAAGUUUUACCGGCU